AUGUUCCGUCCCGCCUCGCGAGUUCUCCUCCGCGCCCCGGCCGUCGCAGCCCGUGGCCCGGCCACCAGACGAUUGAUAAGCACCUCGCCCGCAGAGCACACCAAGUCGCGCAGCUGGAAGGGCAGCCUCCUGCGUCUGGGUCUGGCCGGCGGAGUCAUCUAUUACUACAACACGAGCCCGGUCUUUGCCGACCAGCCUUCCUGUAUUCUCCUUCCGCUCCACCCCCCAAUCCGCCCCCGUCGACGACACCCCCCUCCAACCCUCGACUCCAUCAAGCCAAGAUCCGCCACAGAAGGAAUCCGCCGCGCCGGCGCAGCCCCAGCCCCAGCCCCAGUUCGAUGCGCAACAACAACCCCCCCACGAGUCCGCGGAAGCCGCCCCCGCCCCCGACAGCGCCUGACCAACGCGCAGGAGCUUGAGGACGAGGCCGGCCAGGAAGCCGCCUUCAACCCGGAAACCGGCGAGAUCAACUGGGACUGUCCCUGUCUGGGCGGCAUGGCGCACGGCCCGUGCGGCGAGGAGUUCAAGGCUGCGUUUAGCUGCUUUGUGUAUUCGACCGAGGAGCCGAAGGGUAUGGAUUGCAUUGAGAAGUUCAAGGGCAUGCAGGAUUGCUUCCGCCAGUACCCGGAUGUCUACGGUGCCGAGCUGGAGGAUGAUGAUGAGGCCGCCGCUGCUCCCGCUGAGGCUGGUGAGGCUCCGGCUCCGGCUCCCGCCGCAGAGCCUGUCCCCGCGGCGCAGCCUGAGACCAAGUCCGAGAACUAG